AUGUUCCUUAUGUUGAUUGUUUUGCUUUCGUUAGUGUAUGCCGACUCGAACCCAAAUUGCCCUUCUGCUUAUUGCUCACAAUGCACCGGUACACUUUGUAAUGCGUGUAUUGACAAUUACGUUUUAGUUGAUGGAGAAUGCAAGUAUGCAAGAGAAGCUAUUGAACAUUGCUAUAAGGCAAGUAACAGUAUUUGCACAAAAUGUUUUGACGGGUACUAUGCCAAGAAUAACGCAUGCAUCAAGGCCGAUCCCAAUUGUGAUGAAUACAAGAAUGGGAUAUGUGUUGAAUGUGAAGAUGGAUAUGCUCCCAUGUUAGGUGUAUGCACCAAGUGUCAAGUCAAUGGAUGUGAAGAGUGUGAAAAUGACUUCUCAAAAUGCACGGAAUGUCUUGAUGGGUAUACUUGGGAUGGAAAGGCGUGUAUCCAGCCGGUAGCCAAUUGUGAUGAUUAUGAACAUGGCGCCUGUGAAGAGUGUAUUGAUGGGUAUUACCUUACCAAGGGAAAAUGUGAGAAGAUUCCUGUCGACAAUUGCAGAAAAUAUGAGAAUGGAAGAUGCACAAAGUGCUUUGGACCCUUCAAACCAGUAGAUGGAAAGUGUACAUCUUCUGUUGCACCAGUCAUUGAACAUUGUUUACAAUAUGAUGACAACGAGUUUGAGUGUGAAUUAUGUGAGGAGGGGUAUUCUCCAAAUGAUGGAGACACUGCUUGCAUCAAGUGCAGUGAUUCAUGUAAAACGUGUGAUGAAAGACCAUCCAAAUGUGAGUCGUGUCAUGAAGGAUAUUGGCUCGAUGAUGAGACAUGCAGACAAUGUGCUGUUACUAAAGGAGUCUGUUCCACAUACACAAAGAAGGAUCAAUGCUACUCAUGCAACCACUUGUGUGGAUGGAACGGACAACAGUGUGUUGAGUCACAUUGUGAAAUUGGGAGAAGAAGAUGA